GUAUGGGUGCUCCUUCGGCCUUCGGGCUGCGGACUUGGUGAACUGUGCCUAAUCCGGGCUCGUCGCAGCAAAACGCUGGGCAAGGCGCAAAGAACCGCAGACUUCAUACCGACCAUUCUAUUUGCACAGACCAAUAAAGCCUGUACCAUUUAAGCCUGUCACUUAUCUUCAGGGGCUCAGCCGGACAAAUUCUGACUCUCGUUUCAACUUGAGUGACACGCCCGUUUCCCACCUAUUCCUAUUGAGCCUGACAACCUCUUAACGCUUAGGCCGCGGUCUCGGUAUUCGCGCGGGAGCGGCUAAGCGGCCUUCGGCAGCAUGGGAAAUUGCGUCUCCGCCUGCGCCGGACGGGCGGAGCCCUACAAGGCUCCUGUGGGUGGAAAGGAUGUUGCAGCUGAGCCCAAGCAUCUGGAUGUCGUGGGGGGCAAGGUGCACGUCAAGGGCGACAAGCCCUGCAUCGACAGCGCUGCCGUUGAGUCUGAGCUAAUUCAGAACGUGCUGGACCACGAGAACGGCCCAGCGAAGGGCAUGCCCUACCAGGUUCACUACCUGGGGCCGCCCGUGCCGCCCUGCGAGGACCAGCGCCUGGCGACCAUCCGUGCCCUGGACAAAGUGGGCCCGUCAUCGCCCGAGGAGGACCCGGAGAUUGGCUCCAUUCUGCGCCUGUGCACCUCCAUGUUCCAGGCGCCCGUGGCGCUGGUGGCGCUGUUCGACUCGAAGCGCGUUUACAUCAGCGGCAGCGAGGGCAACGUGAUCCCCUGCGGCGACUUCCCCUGGCGCUGGACGCUGUGCGCCUGGUCCCUGGCCUACAACAACGCGCAGUGCCUGGUCAUCCCGGACACGCUGCAGGACGCGCGCUUCAGGGAGAACGCCAAGGUGACUGGCUACCCUGGCGUGCGCUUCUACUGCGGCGCGCCGCUCAUCGCCUCCAACGGCCACCGCCUGGGCACCAUCUGCUUUGCGGACGUGGCUGCCCGGCCCGGCUUCGACGCCGCCAGCUGCAGCGUGAUGAACAACCUGUCGGAGCUGGUGGUGCGGCACCUGGAGAAGGACGUGGCGCUCAAGCUCAAGAGCCGGGACAACGACGCCCUCAAGGCCACCUACGGGCAGCUGCAGCGCACUCUGGACUGCUUCGACCACUGCGUGGUGCUGGUGGAUGUGAGCAUGCCUGGCUGGAAGGUGCUGCACAUGAACGCCGCAUGGAGCAAGCUGACGGGCGUGGAGCGUGUGGACGUUCUGUCUCGGCCGCUGUGUGAGAUCUUCGAGGGUGCCGAGGGCAUGGGCCUGCCCAACCCCGAGCUGGAGAAGGCCGCUCACAAGUGCUACGACUUCCAGGUGACUGGCGCCAAGCUGAAGCUGCCCAGUGCGGUGGGCGCGCCCAAGGGCGGCUUCGUGCUCACCUUCCGGCCCGCCUCGCGCGAGGGGCUGGACGAGCACGUGGUGCCCAUCGGCGUGCCCGCCUUCCUCAGGACCAGCGGCCUGAGCAACACCUCCAGCAGCGGCGAGCACGCCUCCUCCGCCUCCGCCAGCGGCAUCAUGUCGGGCGACGGCGGCAGCGCCGAGCCUCUGGCCAGCUCGGCCCGCCGCUUCUACUUCAUGAGUGUGGACCUGGCGGGCCGAGCCAUGUCCUCCAAGUCCAGCUCUGUGAUGUCCGCCGCGACCUCCACCUGGUCCACCGGCUCCUCCGAGGUGGUGGAGGGGCUGGAGCUGGGCCACCUGCUGGGCAAGGGCAGCUUCGGCUCGGUGUACUUCGGCACCUGGAUGGGCACCUCCGUGGCCGUCAAGGUGAUGGACACGGACGUGCGCAAGGCGCUGCGCGGCGCGGGCAGUGUGGGCGCCGCCGCCAUGGAGGCCAUCCUGGGCCAGCAGCUGAGGCACCCCAACGUGGUGGCCACUCUCAAGUGGGCGGCGAGGCGGCUGGACCGCCCCGGCGCGACCACCUCGCUCAUGUCGUCCAUGGACGUCACCGCCGCCGACGAGGCCGGUGAGAAGAGCAAGGCCAAGGCCGCCCCGGUUGCCCCGGCCGCCGUCACGCCGGCGCCGGCAGAGGACGCCGCGCCCGCGCAUGCCAACGCAUCUGGCGAGAGCCCCUGGCCUGUGAUCAACUUUGCGGACAGCCAGAUCCACGCGCUCGAGGAGAUCCGCACCGGCGGCCCCAACACAUGCACCAACAACACCACCGGCGCCGCCAACGCCACCAAGUCCUCGGCCGUCAACCUCUCCACCGACUGGCCCGCGCUGCGCCCCAGCCUGGACGAGAAGAAUCACGGCGCCACCGAGCACACCGGCAGCGCGCUGGUGACCCCGGGCGGCCCCGACAACAAGGACAGCGACAGCUAUGCGGCCAACCUGGUGCAGACCUGGAUCAUCAUGGAGUUCUGCGACCGCGGCUCCCUGCAGGAGGCCAUUGACCGCGGCUGGCUGCGCACGGAGCGCUCCGCCCUCAGCGGCGGGCCCAACCUGCCCGCGGUGCUGGCCACGGCGCGCGAGGUGGCGGCGGCCAUGUCCUACCUGCACGCCAACAGCGUGGUGCACGGCGACCUGUCGGGCUGGAAUGUGAUGCUGGCGUCCGCGGGUGCGGCGGCUGCGGAGGGCGGCCGCGGCUUCGUGGCCAAGGUGGCGGACUUCGGUCUGAGCCGCACACUGGAGAUCCGCAGCAAGAUGCAGACCGCCAACUACGGCACGCUUUCGCACAUGCCGCCGGAGCUGGUGCUCAACGGCACCGUCAGCCGCGCCGUGGACGUGUACUCGUUCGGCGUGCUGCUGUGGCAGAUGUACACCGGCUCCCGGCCCUGGUCGGGCCUGACGCACAGCCAGAUCAUCAUGAUGAUCAGCAAGGGCGAGGCGCGCCUGGUGUUCCCGCCCGGCACCCCCAAGACCUACGAGGCGCUCAUGCGCGCCUGCACCGCCACCAAGCCCGAGGAGCGGCCGGCGUUCUCGGAUGUGGUGAAGCAGCUGGAGGAGAUGCAGGAGGAGCUCAAGACCGCGGGCUUCCUGGAGUAAGGAGAGGAAGGCAGGAGGCGGCAGGUAGUGGAGUAGAGGAGGAGGAAGGAGGAGGAGGGCGGCGCGGAGGUGUGCCCGCAGGAGCAGGGUGCGCAGGAGCAUCUUGGAGGCAGUGGGGCUGGGGAGAGGAGGGGCUUUGAAAGAGCGUGGGAGCACAGGCACAGGAGGAGCAGUGGCAGGAGGAGGCCUGCGCCGGCGUGUCGUUGCGGCGCGGAGCCAGGCGAGGGCCGUGGUGCUGGAACGACAUUGCACUGGAUCGCGGGAGGGCUGCAGUAAGGGCAGCACUCAUUCAUUCCCGUUGUUACUGAUUUUGAUGGCACGGCGGUGCAUGAAACGCGCGUGUGUGGGCGUGCGUGGCGAUGGUUGGCACGCGUGUGGUCGUCCGCAGCAAGUUGCAAGCGUGGGUAGCGCACAAUGCAAUAGCUUCAUCCAAUUGAACUGCGGUGGGAGGUGCGGGGCCGGGCGCAGCGGGCGAGCCUGGGAGGAAACGUGCUGGCUUUUGCGUCAGGUUUAGGGAAGGCGUAGCGAUGGGUCUUGGAAGAGGCUCGACGGCGAUGAGCUGGACCGACGCAUGCGGGGAAGCGAACUGAUCGAGGUGCGCACCCGAAGGCCGUGGAGCAUGAACUUGCAAGGCCUGCAGAAGUGGACCGGCAUGGCUGACGUCUCGGGCUGACGCAAAAGCACGCACGGGCACCUUUGUUGUUGUCUUGUUUGCUUGAAUAAUUGAUUCGCUGUACGCUGUUGGAAGGGCAGUGGAUGGAAUGUUGCGUCUGCAAGGUGGCAACGACCAUGCAUGAUGGAGUUUGCUGGCCCUGCGCCCCUGCGAGGGUGGAGGUUCUGACGCCGUGAUGGGCACCCUACUGAGGACUGGUGCAGCCCGCCUGCAUGUCAAACCACCUUUUGCGUGGUGUAAAAGCUUCACCCGCGCGGUCAUUUUAAGGUUGCAGGGGUGAACGCCAGAUUGCAGACUUGAUUGCUUGGUGUAUUAUGGCAUGGUACUGAUCUUCUGGCUGGGGGAGAGAUGCGGAGGUGCGGGAUGCACCUACUGGGGAGGCAGGUGUGUGUGGUUUCGACACGCCAAGUCUGAACAGGGCUGAUGUUCCGUUGUCGGUGCUUGUUGAAACGGCCAGCGCACAAGUUAUGCUUCAUGUUGAUGUAGGAUGCACCAACCGCCUAGAUUUCUCCUUGCGUGUGGCUACGGGUGCGGGUGUGGCGGCCAACGGCCAGGGGAGCGGGAACGCGCGUCGAUUGCGUGUUGGCGGCGAGGAAUUUGCACGCGGUGGAGUAAGUUGAAGAUAUAGGACGGCAUGAAUUGCUUGAGACGGUUUGGACUCGUACUCCGCGGGCGUGUGGUUUGGCGGGCCGGUGUUCAGCAGCUCGCUGGGGUUGCGGGUGGUAAAUGUGGCGUGGCGCCGAGGAGUCAGGAGCUAAGGGUAGGGAAGGAAGUGUAUGCUGCGGCGGAUGACAGGAAGCUGCCGCCCGCAGGUAUGGGUGGGCACAUGCGAGUUGCUGACGGCGCGAUCCGCGGAGCACAAAACCUCGACGAACGCAACUCUGCUGGGGGGGGGCAUGGGGGCUGGAAGAGCCCCGCCCGUGGACGGCUUGGCUUGCACAUGCGUGGGCUUUGUGGAGGUUGAAAUGGAAUGAGAACUGCACUAGUGUUGCUGAUGAGCGCAUGGUUUUAGUGCGCAGCAGGUGGACGAUUUAAGGAGGCCUGCAAGCUUAAAUUAUGUAUGGGUACGGCGGGAAGAGGUACUAGCAAAACUUGACGCACGAUUGCUAUGCCGCGAAUGGUCAGAGCAAAUGAGCGCACCCCUGGUGCGCCGCUGUGGCGAGGAGAUUCUGUCAGUACCGCUGUAUGGAAUGCUGUUCGUAUGCUGGCUGGGGUGGAGGGUGGGCGUGCCCGGUCAAAGCUUGGCGAGCCCACACAUUCUAUGUCCAGCUGCGUGUGUGCACAUAAUAUGUCGCAGAUAGCGUUGUUGCUGGAAAGCAUUGUCGAAGCGUUAAUGAGCACGCUGUAAUACGAAUUCCAA